AUGGUGAGGGCAGGUGUUUGGCAGGAAGGUGCAGGAAUGCCCACAUGAAGGAACGCCCUGAAUUGCGGGCUGAGAGAGUGGUGAAUGUGAUGCUAAAAAGGCAAAUCUGGGAGGUAAAUCCGGGGGACGCAGGCGAACAUAACAAACAAACCACUGUUCAUGAUUCCACUUGUCAGAUCAAGAAUAUAAGCAUUCUGAGUUUUGAACAAUGCUGUGAGCAAUAUUUAGAUGUUGACCCAUAAUUGAUUUUCUUUAUUGUGUACAAUAUAUAUAUAUAUAUAUUUUUUUAUGUAUACUUACGGUGUCCUCAUAUGUAGGCUAGUUACGGUCUGGUCAUACUACCAUCCCAGUAACGUGGGACUAUAUACCAGAAUAACUUGCUAUAAUCAUACUGUAUUGUCAUGUACAGUGCCUUGCAGAAGUGUUCAUCCCCCUUGGCGUUUUUCCUAUUUUGUUGCAUUACAACCUGUAAUUUAAAUUGAUUUUUAUUUGGAUUUCAUGUAAUGGACAUACACAAAAUAGUCCAAAUUGGUGAAGUGAAAUGAAAAAAAAAAAUUACGGAAAAGUGGUGCGUGCAUAUGUAUUCACCCCCUUUGCUAUGAAGCCCCUAAAUAAGAUCUGGUGCAACCAAUUACCUUCAGAAGUCACAUAAUUAGUUAAAUAAAGUCCACCUGUGUUUAAUCUAAGUGCCACAUGAUCUCAGUAUAUAUACACCUGUUCUGAAAGCCCCCAGAGUCUGAAACACCACUAAGCAAGGGGCACCACCAAGCAAGCGACACCAUGAAGAACAAGGAGCUCUCCAAACAGGUCAGGGACAAAGUUGUGGAGAAGUACAGAUCAGGGUUGGGUUAUAAAAAAAUAUCAGAAACUUUGAACAUCCCAUGGAGCAACAUUAAAUCCAUUAUUAUAAAAUGGAAAGAAUAUGGCACCACAACAAACCUGCCAAGAGAGGGCCACCCACCAAAACACACGGACCAGGCAAGGAGGGCAUUAAUCAGAGAGGCAACAAAGAGACCAAAGAUAACCCUGAAGGAGCUGCAAAGCUCCACAGCGGAGAUUGGAUUAUCUGUCCAUAGGACCACUUUAAGCUGUACACUCCACAGAGCUGGGCUUUACGGAAGAGUGGCCAGGAAAAAGCCAUUGCUUAAAGAAAAAAAUAAGCAAACACGUUUGGUGUUCGCCAAAAGGCAUGUGGGAGACUCCCCAAACAUAUGGAAGAAGGUACAGAUGAGACUAAUAUUGAGCUUUUUGGCCAUCGGACCACUUUAAGCCGUACACUCCACAGAGCUGGGCCAGAAAAAAGCCAUUGCUUAAAGAAAGAAUUAAGCAAACAGGUUUGGUGUUCGCCAAAAGGCAUGUGGGAGACUCCAAAGACAUAUGGAAGAAGGUACUCUGGUCAGAUGAGACUAAAAUUGAGCUUUUUGGCCAUCAAGGAAAACGCUAUGUCUGGCGCAAACCCAACACCUCUCAUCACCCCAAGAACACCAUCCCCACAGUGAAGCAUGGUGGUGGCAGCAUCAUGCUGUGGAGAUGUUUUUCAUCGGCAGGGAAUGGGAAACUGGUCAGAAUUGAAGGAAUGAUGGAUGGCGCUAAAUACAGAGACAUUCUUGAGGGAAACCUGAUUCAGUCUUCCAAAGAUUUGAGACUGGGACAUAGGUUCACCUUCCAGCAGGACAAUGACCCUAAGCAUACUGCUAAAGCAACACGUGGGUGGUUUAAGGGGAAACAUUUAAAUGUAUUGGAAUGGCCUAGUCAAAGCCCAGACCUCAAUCCAACUGAGAAUCUGUGGUACGACUUAAAGAUUGCUGUACACCAGCGGAACCCAUCCAACUUGAAGGAGCUGGAGCAGUUUUGCCUUGAAGAAUGGGCAAAAAUCCCAGUGGCUAGAUGUGCACGCUCAAGUUUUCAGUUUAUCUUAUUUCUUGUUUGUUUCACAAAAAAAUAUAUUUAGCAUUUUCAAAGUGAUAGGCAUGUUGUGUAAAUUAAAUGAUACAACCCCCCCCAAAAUCCAUUUUAACUCCAGGUUGUAAGGCAACAAAAUAGGAAAAAUGACAAAGGGGUUGAAUACUUUCGCAAGCCACUAUACUCAGAAUAGCUUUGACACCUGUAUAAGCCUUCUAUUCCUGUAAUCGUGGAAAGGUCUUUGCUAAUAAAAUACUCUAUAGGUCAUUAUAAAUAACAUUUCACAACACGUGCAGAGUGUUCCAUUUGGCUGCUGGGGGGUGGGGUGGGGCCAAAUAGGCCUAAGUGCCGUUUUCAAGGGAUUGUUAAAUACUAUUUGGUUUUAAUAUCAUCACCGCUUGAAGAGCAUAGUCAGAACUACACAUUUCCGAUUAUUCCACAUUUAGCUCUAUCAGCAGAGUUAUACAGCAAGUAACUGCAUGCUUUUCGUGAUCAGUAAACAUCAAUUGAUCAUGUAUUUUCAGAUACGUGAGGGUAGCCUACACAUUUGGCAUAGCUAGCUAAGCAAACAACAUGUGUCAUUUAACGUUAGCUUGCUUCAUUAGGCUUUUGGAAAGAGCUUGACAUUGGCAGGUCCUCGUCCAGGUAAAAUUGUCAGUCGGACUACUGUAAUCACCAUUAUAGAUGGCAAGCAAAUAUAGCCAUCUAGUUUAUCCCCUGAAAGUUAGCUUGUUAACUAGCCAUUUUGACGUUAGCUAGCCAAUUUGACGUGGUCCAUCAAUCAAUGUAGCCUAUCAUCUCAGCAGCAAUCGUGAUUGAACACUCUUAAAAACAAUGUUGAAAAGGGGAUAAUGUUAGCUAACUUCGCUAGGUAGGCUAAACAUUGGUUGGAGAAAAAAGUAGGCUACAUUAGGUCAAUUUACCACUAUGUUCAGCCAACUGUACAAAGUUUCUGCUGGUAGCUUGCAAACUAAACAUUAUCAUCUAACAGUACAUCGGCAAUUGCGCCCUUCUGCUGCUUGACAGGCAGAGCCCAUAAAGGAUGGGAAAUUAACCUAAACCACUCAUGCUUGUCAGUUAAAGUUCAUUUUUAUUUUAUAUCACUUAAAUAUCUAAUUUAUGGUGGCCAAUAUUGAGAGAUAUCUUGAGGCAACCUUCAUUUUACUUCACACAAAUUACAUAAUCAGUUGAUGUUUAUUGAUCAUCAAAAGCAAUUACUUUCUGUAUAACUGAUAAUAGAGCUAAAUGUGCGCAAUUGUUUUGCAUGGAAUGUGUAGUUUUAACUAUGCUGUUCAAGAGGUGAUGGUAUUGGAACCAAAUAGUUCACAUUUAUAUAACAAUCCCUUGAAAACGGCACGCAGUUGUCAGUGGUUUUAGCGGAGCUGUGAGUCUCCUCGCCCCCCAGCAGGGAAAUCGAACGCUCUACACCUUAUUGUGACGUUUUAUUGAUAAUGACCCAUAUGCAAUGUGCUUUACACUGAGGUAAUCUAUUCUCACUGGAUAACUUACAGAACCCAAACCCUUUAUGUCGAUCUGACGUGUUCCUAGUGCACCCACGUGAAAAUAGAGUCCAAUAAGCUUUUAAGCCAAUAAAUACACAGAAACAGCCCUGAAUACUGCCGCUAUAUAGGCCAGUAGGCCAGAUGAGGUGUUCCUCAGGUGACCAAGGUGUCUACAGGUAGGCCUACAUGUUGCUCUGCAGUAAUUCAGCAAUGCUUGAAUUAGAAAUGACUAAUUAAUGGCAUGACAUAACAUAAUGGUGUGGUGUAAAGCUUUCAUCAUGUGUUUUGAUGUUUAUGUGGUGUAUAAUAGUGUUUGUUUUGUGUAGGUACAAAUAUACAGGUCUUCAAUCAUUGUUCAUGUAAGAUGAAAAACUAAGAGCCAUUUUAUGAUAAUCAGAUCAAUAACACACACACACACACACACACACACACACACACACACACACACACACACACACACACACACACGCACACACACACACACACAACCUGUAGUUAGUAGGUGCCACUUUCAUCUCCACACACUAUUUUCCUCACAUGUGAUCAUUAGUGACUCUUUAGCAGGAUGAAUUAGUGAGGCGUCAUUAACAGAUGGCUCAGCAUCCACAGCAUCAUGUGACCUUCCAUAGGGCUCUAUUAUUUCUCACUAUCUCCUACACGAAUGUCUCAUCUCCAGCGGUUCGUGUUAUUUGGAUGCUUUUGUGAGACAGCAGCGUUCAAAUCAAGGGCAAUUUUCAUGUCCAAUGUAAUCAAGAGUCAUGAAAAGGCGUUAGGCCCUACCGCACAUUCCGUGGUUGUAGCUGACGUUGCUUGGCGCUUUGAACAUUUCCGUGGUUUUAGCUGGCGGUGCUUGGCCCUUUGAAAGUUUCCCGCUUUUAUGCAGUUCGUGUGAAGUCGUUUGCCUGCAAGAUUUGGGAAUUCCAGAGCAGAAUGCUUUUCACCCAAAUUAAGUUCAUCUUGGGAUACUGGUGUUUUUGCUUGAGUCACUUUUAACUCUUUUAACUCAUUGCCAAAUAUAAUAUUUUUCUUUCUAAAUUAAUUACAUUUUUAUUAAGCUAUACUACUUCAUACACAAAUGACAAAUCUUUUUUUAUUUUUUAUUAUAGAAUAUACAAAUUAAAAUAGAAUAGAAUACAAAUAUGUAUGCUAUAUGUCUAUUUACAAUAGGUUUAAUUCAACAUAAUUUUCAACUCCUGUUGCAGACUAAAUAGCUGUCUAUUUUAUAGCCUGGACAGCCGAUAGUGGACAAUAAUCUCCACUAUCUUCUGGAUACAGUGGGGAAAAAAAGUUUUUAGUCAGCCACCAAUUGUGCAAGUUCUCCUACUUAAAAAGAUGAGAGAGGCCUGUAAUUUUCAUCAUAGGUACACGUCAACUAUGACAGACAAAUUGAGAAAAACAAAUCCAGAAUAUCACAUUGUAGGAUUUUUUAUGAAUUUAUUUGUAAAUUAUGGUGGAAAAUAAGUAUAUGGUCACCUACAAACAAGCAAGAUUUCUGGCUCUCACAGACCUGUAACUUCUUCUUUAAGAGGCUCCUCUGUCCUCCACUCGUUACCUGUAUUAAUGACACCUGUUUGAACUUGUUAUCAGUAUAAAAGACACCUGUCCACAACCUCAAACAGUCACACUCCAAACUCCACUAUGGCCAAGACCAAAGAGCUGUCAAAGGACACCAGAAACAAAAUUGUAGACCUGCACCAGGCUGGGAAGACUGAAUCUGCAAUAGGUAAGCAGCUUGGUUUGAAGAAAUCAACUGUGGGAGCAAUUAUUAGGAAAUGGAAGACAUACAAGACCACUGAUAAUCUCCCUCGAUCUGGGGCAAGAUCUCACCCCGUGGGGUCAAAAUGAUCACAAGAACGGUGAGCAAAAAUCCCAGAACCACACGGGGGGACCUAGUGAAUGACCUGCAGAGAGCUGUGACCAAAGUAACAAAGCCUACCAUCAGUAACACACUACGCCGCCAGGGACUCAAAUCCUGCAGUGCUAGACGUGUCCCCCUGCUUAAGCCAGUACAUGUCCAGGCCCGUCAUGUCCAGGCCCGUCUGAAGUGCAUUUGGAUGAUCCAGAAGAGGAUUGGGAGAAUGUCAUAUGGUCAGAUGAAACCAAAAUAGAACUUUUUGGUAAAAACUCAACUCGUCGUGUUUGGAGGACAAAGAAUGCUGAGUUGCAUCCAAAGAACACCAUACCUACUGUGAAGCAUGGGGGUGGAAACAUCAGGCUUUGGGGCUGUUUUUCUGCAAAGGGACCAGGACGACUGAUCCGUGUAAAGGAGAGAAUGAAUGAGGCCAUGUAUCGUGAGAUUUUGAGUGAAAACCUCCUUCCAUCAGCAAGGGCAUUGAAGAUGAAACGUGGCUAGGUCUUCCAGCAUGACAAUGAUCCCAAACACACCGCCCGGGCAACAAAGGAGUGGCUUCAUAAGAAGCAUUUCAAGGUCCUGGAGUGGCCUAGCCAGUCUCCAGAUCUCAACCCCAUAGAAAAUCUUUGGAGGGAGUUGAAAGUCCGUGUUGCCCAGCGACAGCCCCAAAACAUCACUGCUCUAGAGGAGAUCUGCAUGGAGGAAUGGGCCAAAAUACCAGCAACAGUGUGUGAAAACCUUGUGAAGACUUACAGAAAACGUUUGACCUGUGUCAUUGCCAACAAAGGGUAUAUAACAAAGUAUUGAGAAACUUUUGUUAUUGACCAAAUACUUAUUUUCCACCAUAAUUUGCAAUAAAUUCAUAAAAAAUCCUACAAUGUGAUUUUCUGUUUUUUUUUUCUCAUUUUGUCUGUCAUAGUUGACGUGUACCUAUGAUGAAAAUUACAGGCGUCUCUCAUCUUUUUAAGUGGGAGAACUUGCACAAUUGGUGGCUGACUAAAUACUUUUUUCCCCACUGUAUGUGCCCGGGUGGUGUCCCCCGGCAACCAGUUUGUACAUAAAACAUCCUCCAUUAAGGCUGCAAAGGCAUCGGUUUCCUCCUUAACUCGAUUUAAUGGCCCGUCGGUGAAAGAAAACGGGGAAAAUAUGCAUACUGUCUUAAUAAAACACAUUUUCCAGCAAUUUCAGAUUUUCUGACAACUUCCAGAUGUUGCACACCGUGUGACUCUUGUUAUUUAACCCUGGCUGAAUGUGGUCAGAGAUACUAUAUAUAUAUAUAUAUAUAUAUAUAUAUAUAUAUAUAUAUAUAUAUAUAUAUAUAUGAGAUGGUCUUGUCUCCGUCCUAACAAUGGGAGUCGUCCCAAAGGCAGGAAGGCAGGCGGUCUGCUUAUCGGUCUGCUUAUCGUGGAUAGAUUUUCACGGGAGUAAACCCUCUCGCUUCGCCUCUUCCUCUCUGAUGUGGUCCUCAAAAUCAGGAAGUAGCAUUAGCCACCAUAGCAUGGUGGUGGAAAAUUGUGUUUUAUUAAGACAGACCUACUUGUGGAUUGCCCCCUAGACAUUUCAUUUUAUAUUAAGAAUAGGCCUACACAUUAAAAACCUUGAAUCAUCAUUUUCGAGCUGUUCGUGGCAGUCUGACAAAUGUGCUCAAUUAACAAUUUGCACCCGGUGACAAAACAAUGCUGGGUGUUUUAAUUGAGUGCACUUUGAUAGAGAGAAGUUGUUUCAACAAGCUGUAGAACUCAUGCAGCCACGAAAAGGUUCUGAAAAAAUAUUUUUAAAAGACGUCCGUGAGUUGUCUGAUAGGCUAUUGUAAACUAUGGAUAAAUAAAUGUCUGUUUUUGACGUCAUGUGUGAUUAGAAAAACAAAUGCUAGGCUAUGGUUGAACUCAUUGAUCUGUAGGCCUAAAUUUUGUUUUACAUCAGAUCACAGCUAAUUCCUGCUUGCAACUUAUGUCAAGGAGUCUGUCAAUGAGACAGACUGUGUCCAUAUCUUGAGGCCUAUAUGGCUGCGUUUACACAGGCAGCCAAAUUCUGAUAUUUUGUUCCACGAAUUGGUCCUUUAACAUUUACAUUUUAGUAAUUUAGCAGACAUUUUAGUAAUUUAGUGAGUGCAUACAUAUUUUUUUUUCAUACUGGCCCCCCGUGGGAAUCAAACCCACAACCCUGGCGUUGCAAGCGCCAUGUGCUACCAACUGAGCUACACAGGACUUUAACCAAUCAGAUCAGCUCUGAAAAAGAUCUGAUAUGAAAAUAUCUGAUGUGAUUGGUCAAAAGACCAAUUAUUGUAAAAACGAUAAGAAUUGGUCUGGCUGUUUAAAUGCAGCCUAUAUGGCUCAGGUAUUGACCACAUAGGCAGCAUUUACACAGGCAGCCCAAUUCAGAUCUUUUACCAAUUAUUUGCAUAUCUGAUACCUAUCUGAUCAUUUCCCUAAUGUGUAAACAGCAAAUAAACACAUGGAAUCUGAUCUUUUGACUUCGGAUUUAUACCACCUCCAUAUGUGGAUCUGAAUCCUGGUACAAAUCCGAUCCUCCAAAUGCAACCUCUGUUUGGACACUCAGAUGAGAUGUUUUUCUUUGGGCACAUGACCUGCUAUUACCACGACAACCACCCCAACAUUUAAAGGAACCAGUGGCAGCAAAUGAGCAUUGCAUCUGUGUGCUACUUCAGAGGCUACAUCGGUGUGAAUGCACAAAUCUCAUAUGGGUCACAUGUAAAACUGACUGUGGACAGUCAGAAAAAGAUAUUGGAUAUAGAUAGAAAAUCAGAGUUGGGUUCUUAGGGUGGCUGUGUCUCAUAUCCUCCAUUUCUCUCAAUCUCCCUUGAUCAUUUAUCUUUAUCCAUAUCAUCUCUCUUCAUCUGUCUCUUCUCUCUCUCUCUCUCUCUGUAUUUUCUCCAUUGCUCUCUUUCUCUCCUUUUAUAUGGUUUUAUAUGGUUAUUUAGAUCUCGGUACAGGUCUCUAAUUCCUGUAGAUCCUCUUAGGAUCCCUGAGCUAUUUCUGUUUGGUCCCACUGUAAUGCCCAGAGCACCUUCUCUUAAAUCUCUCUCAGGCCCAGUGAUUGGCUGACACACACACACACACACACACACACACACACACACACACACACACACACACACACACACACACACACACACACACACACACACACACACACACACACACACACACACACACAAACACACACACACUCUCACACCCAGCAUCCAACCCCACUCUAUUCACAGCAUUAGACAUCCCGGUUGUGUGACUGACCACAGUCCAGUGUGAAGGAAGCUGACGAUAACAGAGGAAGUGCUUCAUUGUGACCGUAGGCUCACAGGUAAGGACAGAGCAGUAGAUAAAUACCUGAUUCUGGGAACCUAUGAGGCCAGUCUUUGACUGUGUGGCUUGGUGUGAAUGGAUAGAUGGACUAACAUGUUGCUGAUGUUGGGCUGACUUCAUCCUCUUUAUCUCUCUUCUGGGUAAAGAGACCCUGGUGAGAUAGUAAUCGAUUGAUUGAUUUAAUCGAUUAGAUAUUAAAAGUAGUAGGCUGCUCCAGCCAGAGACAACAUUACAUACAGUUAGCUGGUGGAGUAAAACAGAGAAAUACACUAUAUUAUUUGGGUUGCUGGAUCCCACAUAAAGGGUUGACAUUUUUAUGUUGUUGGCCAUUAGAUUUUUUUUUUGUUUGUGACUAUUUUGUAUUGCGUUGGAGUUUUUCACUCAGGAGAUGGAGGAAAACAGGCAGACAGUGUUGGAGCUCGUUUGAAGGAAACUCAUGUGCUUAUAUAUUAUUUUUAUUUGGGCGGCACUUGGAUUUUUUGAGUUUGUUUUUAUUUUGUAUAUUUUUGGGGGGUUUCGACCCAGGAGAUGAGGUGAGUUAAAGAACGGCAUGUAUGGUUUAAUAAUUGAGCCAAUCAUUUGUUUUUCGUGGCCAAUAUUCACAAAGGUCCCGAUUCAGACUUAGGAAAUAUACGCCUGUUCUAUGCCUUUCCUCCGCACUUCUCAGUAGUUGGUAUUCAGACUUACCUUAUGCAGGUGUGGUUCCCUUGCACGCUGAAUAAAUGUAAUUUAACUGUUUGUGAAAUCCUCCCAUUUGCUGGCCAACAGAUUUUCUCGUGGAUUUUUCAUUCAAUAGGGUUUUCAGUAUAUUUAUUUAAAUCCAUCCCAUUAAAUUUGGUGUACCUUUAAUUAGAAUUUUCUUGACAGACUCACUAGAAUAUAUGGAGAGAACGGUUCAGAAUAUUAGGGAUCAAUGAAAGAAAGCCAUCUAAAUACACGCAUAUUCAUCUCCUUUUCAGUACCAAUUGGUAGAUUUCAAAAUACCCUGAUCUUGUAUAUUAUUUAGGGUUAGGAAAGUAUUUAUGAAUAAUAAAUACAAUAAAACAGGUUUGGAGAAUAUAUUGGUGAAUCAAAAAUACAGUGGUUUGAUUGAUCCUGAAAGUUACCAUAUUAAAUUGUUCAAUCCAUUAAAUAUUGGAAGGUGAGAAAAGUGUACAAUAGGGGCUGAACAGUAGUCCUAUAAAUCUACCCUAAUAAUCCUCACUAAUCAUUGAAGUGUGAUGACAACUGUCCAGUUGUUGUGAACCGUGCGCCAGGCUCCAGGUUUAAACUGCUAACUAUGGUCUGCGUUCCAUAAUGAUUCAAAUAGGCUACAUGUCCCAAAUUAUUGCACAACUUGUAACACGUUAGCCUGAUAUAAUCCACUAUUGCUAGCGAUCCUCAGGAACAACCACACGAACGUGACAGAGGAAAGAAAGGUAAGCUAACGAUGUAAUGGAAUGAUGCAAAAUGUAAGGAAACUAACACUAAAGUCAGUGACAGUUAUAAAUGUAUGUAGGUAUAACUGACAGUGACAAGAUACCAAAUGUAAAAAAUACACUGAAAAGUCUGGGCAUAUAAUUAAAACAUUCUAGAAAUCAUAAAUCAACUUGGUAGGUUUGGUGCUAUACUGUCAUUUGUGCAUGGCUACAGAAGCCUAUAGCUUGGGUCUCCACAUUUCAUCCCAAGUUACAAGGCCAGCAUUUCAUAAACUUCACUGUGGAAAAGCUGAUAUGUUGAUAUGUUUCAGUUUGCUGCCAUAUGACUGGUUUCACAUUUGUCUCCAGCAAUCAUAAGGUAAAAUAGAUCUAAAACAAUUGUCAUUUAUAUUUACAAUCCCCUUAUCCAAACAGCUUACUCAUUUACCUAGCUCUUAUCAAUAGCUCUUAUCAGUUUUGUAAAUUACAGUGCAUGGAGAAUGAUGUUAUUUCUAUCAGAAAAAAUAAAGUAGAUGUUGUUCCGCUUGGAACCGACAGGUUGCUCGACCUUAUUCAUUGUUUCAUACUACAUAAAGGUGGUAGAAUGAGGUAAUGAGGGAAUUAAGUCAAGGUCAGAACACGGUGUAUCUUUAGACACACCUCUGCCACGACUUCAUUUCUUUGAUCUCCACCCCUAAAUGAAUAGCGGGUGAAUAGCAUGCUAUUCUCAUGCUUCAGUUCAAGGUCAGAAUACACAGAGAUAAAAGUGCAUAAAAAGGUAAUUACAUUACAUUUACGUGCGCUUAACUCAGGUCGGAAUUCCCCCCCAAAGAGUCUCAGAGUAAGAUCAGUUUUUUCCGUUUAGAUAAUAAUGGAUACGAUUACAUGGACGGGGUAUCUGAACCCGGAUCAGCACUCCUCCUCUGAGACACUUUUUAAAUACGGGCCCAGAUCUGAUAUUCUGCUUAUCUGCUGUUUGGAAUACAGGAUGGUGCGUGUUAGUGGUGCUGAACGUCUAUGGUUUAAUAAACUGGUUCUCAGUGUACCUAUUGGUACCAUUACAUGGACAUUUGAGUCAUCUGGCUAAUAUCAGCUUUAGCAGAUAGAUUGUGGCUUUUAUCAAUGUAACUGUCUGCAUCAUGUUCAAUCCCCCAUAUAUUUUUCCUGUAAAUAUAUAUAUUAUUUUAUUAUAUUAUUUAUUAUUUUCCUCUAACCCUACCAUCCCUCCCCUAAUUGGAGUAAACUAAUGGACAACAAUACUUAGGCUUCCACUUCCAGCUUAUCCAUACAUUUCACGGACAGUAUAGUCUACAGUGGCUUGCGAAAGUAUUCACCCCCCCUUGGCAUUUUUCCUAUUUUGUUGCCUUACAACCUGGAAUUAAAAUAGAUUUUUUGGGGGGUUUGUAUCAUUUGAUUUACACAACAUGCUUACCACUUUGAAGAUGCAAAAUAUAUUUUUUUGUGAAACAACAAGAAAUAAGACAAAAAAACAGAAAACUUGAGCGUGCAUAACUAUUCACCCGUGUUUGCUUAUUUUUUUCUUUAAGCAAUGGCUUUUUUCUGGCCACUCUUCUGUAAAGCCCAGCUCUGUGGAGUGUACGGCUUAAAGUGGUCCUAUGGACAGAUACUCCAAUCUCCGCUGUGGAGCUUUGCAGCUCCUUCAGGGUUAUCUAUGGUCUCUUUAUUACCUCUCUGAUUAAUGCCCUCCUUGCCUGGUCCGUGAGUUUUGGUGGGUGGCCCUCUCUUGGCAGGUUUGUUGUGGUGCCAUAUGCUUUCCAUUUUUUAAUAAUUGAUUUAAUGGUGCUCCAUGGGAUGUUCAAAGUUUCUGAUAUUUUUUUAUAACCCAACCCUGAUCUGUACUUCUCCACAACUUUGUCCCUGACCUGUUUGGAGAGCUCCUUGUUCUUCAUGGUGCCGCUUGCUUGGUGGUUCCCCUUGCUUAGUGCUGUUGCAGACUCUGGGGCCUUUCAGAACAGGUGUAUAUAUACUGAGAUCAUGUGACAGAUCAUGUGACACUUAGAUUGCACACAGGUGGACUUUAUUUAACUAAUUAUGUGACUUCUGAAGGUAAUUGGUUGCACCAGAUCUUAUUUAGGGGCUUCAUAGCAAAGGGUGUGAAUACAUAUGCACGCACCACUUUUCCGUUAUUAUUAUUUUUUAUUUCACUUCACCAAUUUGGACAAUUUUGUGAAUGUCCAUUACAUUAAAUCCAAAUAAAAAUCAAUUUAAAUUACAGGUUGUAACGCAACAAAAUAGGAAAAACGCCAAGGGGGAUGAAUACUUUUGCAAGGCUCUGUAUCUCUGAAGACUAUCCAGUUUUUAUAUCUAUUUGCCAUAUAUUUUUCAACUGUGCUGUGAUGUUUCACAAAUGUUCUGAACCUUUCCAUUCUCAUAGUUUCAAAGAUAAACACCUUUGCUAAGAGUAUUAUUAUAUUAUUGAUCGAUUGACUAUAUCUUUUCAAAUCACCCAGCAGAGUUAGCUCCAAGUAAAUAUUUUCAGCCAUUCCUGAACCUGCGACCAAAAACAAGCUACAUAUGGGCAGUACCAAAACAAGUGAUCUGAUGAUUUUGUCUCUUCGCAGAAAAAUCUGCAGAGUCGGAUUCAAAACUCUAAGUUUUGAAUCUGGCUUCGUUUUAUGUACAGUGGGGAAAAAAAGUAUUUAGUCAGCCACCAAUUGUGCAAGUUCUCCCACUUAAAAAGAUGAGAGAGGCCUGUAAUUUUCAUCAUAGGUACACGUCAACUAUGACAGACAAAAUGAGAAUUUUUUUUCCAGAAAAUCACAUUGUAGGAUUUUUUAUGAAUUUAUUUGCAAAUUAUGGUGGAAAAUAAGUGUUUGGUCAAUAACAAAAAGUUUCUCAAUACUUUGUUAUAUAUCAUUUGUUGGCAAUGACACAGGUCAAACGUUUUCUGUAAGUCUUCACAAGGUUUUCACACACUGUUGCUGGUAUUUUGGCCCAUUCCUCCAUGCAGAUCUCCUCUAGAGCAGUGAUGUUUUGGGGCUGUCGCUGGGCAACACGGACUUUCAACUCCCUCCAAAGAUUUUCUAUGGGGUUGAGAUCUGGAGACUGGCUAGGCCACUCCAGGACCUUGAAAUGCUUCUUACGAAGCCACUCCUUCGUUGCCCGGGCGGUGUGUUUGGGAUCAUUGUCAUGCUGAAAGACCCAGCCACGUUUCAUCUUCAAUGCCCUUGCUGAUGGAAGGAGGUUUUCACUCAAAAUCUCACGAUACAUGGGCCCAUUCAUUCUUUCCUUUACACGGAUCAGUCGUCCUGGUCCCUUUGCAGAAAAACAGCCCCAAAGCAUGAUGUUUCCACCCCCAUGCUUCACAGUAGGUAUGGUGUUCUUUGGAUGCAACUCAGCAUUCUAGGUCCUCCAAACACGACGAGUUGAGUGUUUACCAAAAAGUUAUAUUUUGGUUUCAUCUGACCAUAUGACAUUCUCCCAAUCCUCUUCUGGAUCAUCCAAAUGCACUCUAGCAAACUUCAGACAGGCCUGGACAUGUACUGGCUUAAGCAGGGGGACACGUCUGCACUGCAGGAUUUGAGUCCCUGGCGGCGUAGUGUGUUACUGAUGGUAGGCUUUGUUACUUUGGUCACAGCUCUCUGCAGGUCAUUCACUAGGUCCCCCUGUGUGGUUCUGGGAUUUUUGCUCACCGUUCUUGUGAUCAUUUUGACCCCACGGGGUGAGAUCUUGCGUGGAGCCCCAGAUCGAGGGAGAUUAUCAGUGGUCUUUUAUGUCUUCCAUUUCCUAAUAAUUGCUCCCACAGUUGAUUUAUUCAAACCAAGCUGCUUACCUAUUGCAGAUUCAGUCUUCCCAGCCUGGUGCAGGUCUACAAUUUUGUUUCUGGUGUCCUUUGACAGCUCUUUGGUCUUGACCAUAGUGGAGUUUGGAGUGUGACUGUUUGAGGUUGUGGACAGGUGUCUUUUAUACUGAUAACAAGUUCAAACAGGUGCCAUUAAUGCAGGUAACGAGUGGAGGACAGAGGAGCCUCUUAAAGAAGAAGUUACAGGUCUGUGAUAGCCAGAAAUCUUGCUUGUUUGUAGGUGACCAAAUACUUAUUUUCCACCAUAAUUUGCAAAUAAAUUCAUUAAAAAUCCUACAAUGUGAUUUUCUGGAUUUUUUUUCCUCAAUUUGUCUGUCAUAUUUGACGUGUACCUAUGAUGAAAAUUACAGGCCUCUCUCAUCUUUUUAAGUGGGAGAACUUGCACAAUUGGUGGCUGACUAAAUACUUUUUUCCCCCACUGUAUCUGUUCAUAAACCAUGUGCCAUGGAAUUGGUACUUCGAAAAUCUCCUCCCAACUAUUUUGCAACCUGUAUGGUGCAGCUGUCAAUUUCUGGUCCUUAAAUGAAACCGGUAUACUUUUUUAUUUAUCACAAUUCUCUUUAGCCAAUUUUGAUCUUUAAUGCAGGGCCGACAGACAAGUUCCUUACCUUUUCCCCUUUCCACUUGCCUCCUCCAUUUUUGCGGUAACGCUGCAAUCAGUUGGUUCUUUACAGACGUUAUUUAUGAAUGGCUCAACAUCCUACAUGGUGUUCUGGAACAAAUGUGGACUCGCUUAAGGGCCAAUGACUUCACAACUCCAAUCAGGGAGAUGAAUCAUCAAAGAGGAGUGCAUCAUGGCUAUCCCCUGCAUAGCCUGGACACUGUAAUCACAAACCCACCCUUAGAGAUGGGGGUUGGGGGGGGGGGGGGGUUGCCAUGGAGACAUUCUUCCUUGUGGUAGGCUGUUGGACAGACCAGGGUCAGAGGUUGGAUACAGGAAGGAGGGAGGACUAAGGACUCACCUCAGAUGUGGUGUGCUAAGAUUUAAACACUGGAGUCAGUUUAAUCUAUUGACGUAUUGGCUUAGAGUAAGCAACACUGUACCAGCCCAACCGCAAGCUUUACCUCAGUGUCCACACACACAAGGGAAGAAGGUGUCGGAAUGCCUUGGAAAGUCAGUGUAACUCUGUGGUGGGUGAUCUGUCAGUUGGAAAGUCAGUGUAACUCUGUGGUGGGUGAUCUGUCAGUUGGAAAGUCAGUGUAACUCUGGGGUGGGUGAUCUGUCAGUUGGAAAGUCAGUGUAACUCUGUGGUGGGUGAUCUGUCAGUUGGAAAGUCAGUGUAACUCUGGGGUGGGUGAUCUGUCAGUUGGAAAGUCAGUGUAACUCUGUGGUGAGUGAUCUGUUAGUCACAGGUUAGACUAAAUGUGUCCUGCCGUCACCUGGUUAACAUCACAAUAGAGAGGUUUAUAGGAGAGAGAGAGACAAAAGAGAGAAAAAUAAUGUGUGGAAAAGCUUCCCCAAAUAGAUUUAAAAAUAUUUAAAACAUGAUGAUUUCGUUAAAGCACACAUAUAAGUAAAAAAAUAUGUCUGGUGGCUGUUGGUUUUCCAGUAUUUUUCCAGGAAUGGCACCUUAACCCCUUCCUCCUUUUCUUUAGCCCCUCCUCCUUUCCAUUACAAACAAUCCAGAGAGAAUCUAACCCUCACGUGCCAACCACUAACAAGAGGGAUCGGAUACCAGAGUAAUCCACUCAAACCACAUUAACUUGAUUAGCACUUCCAGGAAAGCUCCAUGGGCAUACAGGGCUAGAACCUUUCCAAACACGCUUGAUUACAUAAUGUUAUUGGGGGACUAGUCUCUCUUGACAGACUGAGAUUUGGUUUUGGGAGCUAAGAUUAUUUGGGGAUCACAGAAUUGAAAUAGGUAGAGCAGUCAUUCUGUCUGAUAUCAAUGGCCCUCAGUCCCAAAAAGGAUUAUAUGGUGUCAACAUGCAACAUCUCAGCUAUCACUUUGGCCUACUAUAAAGAGUGUUUUUCAGAGACAACACUGAAGAGUACAUCCCCUAUGAGCACACCAAACACCACUCAAAAUGGCCGAACUGCAAAAUAUGAUAAUCCUGAAUGAUCUUGAGCUUUAUUGUCACAAUGUUCCUUUUGUUCAAUGAACGAUGGUUUAGGUUCUGAGAGACUUUUAAAACAUCCCCUCCCCUCCUGUGUUCUGUUUCCAACAGCUAAAUCUCAAACAUAAUGUCUGGAAACGUCGAUGAGGAGGAGGCCAAUGUCACCCACACAGGUGAGGAUGAGGCUAAUGUGUGUGUCUGUUUGUGUGUGUGUGUGAGUGUGUGAUUAAAGUGUGAAGGUGGUGUCUUGGACAUUUACAGUUCAUCCUUAGAACAUUUAGGUCUAUCUGAGAUCAGACCUAUAUAAGACACCGGCAACAGUCUGUCUGCUUUUCCACAGUAAGCCUGAUAGGAUAUAUGGCAUUAUUCCUUUGAAUCAGGGAGAGGUCAAAUACAGCACACAGCCGGCAAGCAGCCACCCACUAGAAAGGGAUAAGCAAUGUUAGUAGCAGGUAGCAGAGAGACACAGAGCUCUGUGGUGUUCUGGCACUGACAGACGCUCUAAGCUACUUUCCUACCUACUCCUACGCAACCAAGGUGCAAUUAGAAGACAGCCUUAAGCGUCUAGUUUAGGCCAUAAUCCAUCAUAAUAAUAUAAGAAAAUAAUAUCCAUUAGCAGACGUUACCAAACGCUUACAGUCAGCUGCAUACAUUUUGUAGUGGUCCGGGAUCGAACCCAUACCUUGGCGUUACAAGCCGUGCUUACAGUUGGCUACAGACCACAAAGGGAGACCACAGGAACCCUAGGGCCAACCCAUCCAGCACUGCACAUUGUACAUCUGUCAAUCACACACACAGUCUGCUGUGUUCAUCUGAGUCACAGCCCAAAACAAAGAUGGCUGCUGCCAUGUAUAAACUCUAUUUUGGUGGAGUCUCGGCACAUGACAUCAAGAAUACUGUUCUGCAAUUCUGUGUCAGUUCGGCACACCAGGUCAAUGGCAGUAGGCCUACAAACAUUACAAACCAUUGAGGAUGACAAGACAGGAGUCUGAGGCUUACAGUAUUUCCAUAUGACCACAAAUGAAUGAUCGUUGUCCUGUUUUUUCCAGGCCCAAAGGGAGUGAUCAAUGACUGGAGGAGGUUUAAGCUUGAGAGCAUGGACCAGGAGUCCCUGCCCCCCCAGAAGAGAGAGCUGCUCAGGCAGAUGUCCUCCCCACACAGGCCCAAAGAUGACGGCAGGGGAGGCCUCAACCGCAAGGUGGGUUAGAUUAGGUUACAUCACAGUUUAAUGUGUAUUUCUAUGGUCCAAAUGCACAAACAGAAACAUGCUGACAAAUGUACACCUUAAAUGAGUUCACUUAAGUGUCCCCUUCCAGUAUCUUGGACCGGUCAAUUGAACACCCAGACUAGGUCUCUCUAUGUCUCAUUAUACAGAUGGCUAACAUAGUCUAAACAGGUGUGACUCUAAUGAUAUAUGGGCUGUAAACACUAACUGCCUUAGUGAGCUAAAAACAAAACAAGACAUGACUGUGUAAGGAGACAGUGUCCAUGACGAUCAAUAAACUGUAAAUCAUUCUUUGUUCAUUGUCAUGGUUUUAGAUGAGCGUACAGGAGUACGAGCUGAUUAAGGAGGAUGACGAGAAGUGCAUGAAAAAGUACCGCAAGCAGUGCAUGCAGGAGAUGCACGAGCGCCUCAGCUUCGGGCCCAAGUUCGAGGGUGUGUACGAGCUGGACAGCGGCGAGGCAUUCCUGGAGGUAAUUGAGAAGGAGCACCGGCUCACCGUGGUGGUUGUGCACAUCUACAAGGAAGGGAUCAAAGGUUGCGAGGCGCUCAACUCCUGCCUGGACUGCCUGGCCACCGAGUACACCAGCGUCAAGUUUUGCAGGAUUGACGCGGCGGCGACUGGUGCGGGGGAGCGCUUCACUGACAGCGUCCUGCCCACCAUGCUGGUGUACAAGGCCGGCGAGCUGCUGGGGAACUUCCUGGCCACCAACCAGCACUUCAACGAGGAGUUCUUCGCCACCGACGUGGAGGCUUUCCUCAACGGCUACGGCCUGCUGCCGGAGAAAGAUGUAGUGGUUGGUGGAGAGGAAGAGGAGGCAGCCGUGGAUGUGGAGGCAGUGGAGUGA